AUGUUUGCUAUAUUUUACUUUAAAUCAUUUUCGGCAACUCUAGAUGAUCGUUCAGGAAAAACCACUAGCGCUCAACCUACGACAAUUUAUACGAUAACAAUUCCAGCAAAUGAUUUUAUUUGUAUUUCAGGAACUGUGCUUAUUAAAGCCGACAAAGACUUCACAGCUGAUUAUAAGAUAACUAAAUCUGGAUUUCCAACUGGCGUACAAACCAUUCAAAACCCUCUAGUAAUAGGCGUCAAUAAUGAUGGUAAUUGCCUGAUUAAAAUAUCAUCUGGUAAUUCUGAACUUAAAGUAAAUUUCGUUGGUGUUUUUACAGCAUACAAAGAUUCACAUGUAGAAACAUUUGGGGUAUUUUCCACAAAGCAAAAUUUUGAUAAGAAUUUUACAGUUUCUUCAUCCCGAAUGUUAUGCCUUGUAGUUGUAAAUGAAAACAAAUUAAAGAUUACAGACUCUUCCAAAGAUGUAUCAAGCUUAACUAUGGCAGAUGGUAGAAUGUACAGUGAUGUUGGCAAUAGAUUAUAUCUAACUAUUUACUCAGGUGCUGGUGAAGCUGUAAUUAAACGGGAAAAGGUAGGAGAGCCUACAGAAGGAUUUACAAAUCCAUUUGGAGAAGAUCUUUUCUAUAUUUUCCCAGAAGCUGGUGCUUACACUCUUGAGCAAAUAGAAACAUAUACAACUCAGCAUAUGAAUAUUUUCAAAGAUGAAACAUCAGGUGGAAACCCUGGUGGUAAUCCUGAAGGUAAUCCAGAAGGAAACCCCGAAGGCAAUCCAGAAGGAAAUCCUGAAGGCAAUCCAGAAGGAAACCCUGAUGGACAACCUAUUCCAGGUAUCCCAACCAAACUUCCAGAUGGUAUCGAAUGUAACCAAGUGGUUAGGUUUGGAGGUGUUAUUGAAAGUACUCUUAUUACAAUUGCUACAGGGAAGAACGCAUGCAUAUCGGGAAGCUACGUUUAUGCAUCUAAAGAAAAAUUCAAAGCAUCAGUAUAUAACAUUUCAGCACCAACCGAGAAACCAGCCGAAAUUGAAAACCCAUUUAGUAUUGUAGGAGAUGACUAUAUUAGCGUAAUUAAAUGCUCUGAUGACACAAAAGAGUGCAAAGUACAUAUUGUUCCAAUUGUUACACCUCGUUCAGAUAAGGAUGGUAAUUUAUAUUCAAUUUUCACAACAAAGAAUUUGCUUGAUAUGAAAGAAACAAUUACAAUAAAGAAUGCUUCAAGCAAAUCUUUUGCUCUGACUGUGUAUAGUGCCAAGAAGAACAUAUGA